GCGUCACAUAUGCAUGAGCAAUAGAAAAUUGACUAAUGUCAGAAUAGAUAAUGGAUCAUGGAGUAGCAUAUAAAUUAAACAGCAUUGUCUGACGAAACUGAAGGAAAUCGCAGGGGCUACGGAAGGUGAGGGAGGGAAUAGGGGCCCCACUGGUCAGCCUCGACGGUAUCCCCUUUAAAAACGGCCAAAAGCUCCAACGACGGCUGGGCGCCAUUUCCGAAAGCUUGUCUUCCCCGCCAACGCAACACCGACAGCACGCCUCCUUCUUCUGCUGCUUCUUCUUCUUCGUCGUCGUUGCCCUGGGACCCCUGUCAGUGGAAUUCUGCGGCAGAUAGAUCAGUUGCACAUCCGGCUUGCUGCUAGCUUCUCCAACUCUGUAUUUGGCCUCAGAAGGUGGGAAGCUUCUUGCAGCCACUUUUGGCUCUUAAUCUGAUGUCGACAUUGAUUCGAUCGAUCGAUCCCUCGUGAGCGACAUAAUUGGCCCGGUUCCCUCUCUUAAUUGGCACCCAAUUGACUAACGAAAAGCAAACCUCUUGACUUAAACCACUGCACCUUUCUCCCCACCGAUCAACCCUCGGUUCAUUAUCUGCAACAUUGAUCGAUCGGCUAAACUGCAAACUUUGCAGGAGGAGAUCAGUCGAUGGGGUGUUUUAUAUCCAAGCCGGAUGAUGCCAGCGCGAUCAUCAGGAGAAGGCCUGCGAGCAUCGGCGAGGUGGCGGUGUUCGUGCCGGGGCUGCGUGUCCCCGAGAGCCUGGAGCUGGCCCCGCCGCUCCUCGACAGCCUCCCGAGGAGGCUCACCGAGCGGCUGGCGGCGUCGAGGGACCGCGUCGCCGUCAUGGCCACCCGGGAGGCGCUGUCGGUCACUCGGCCACGCAGGCGCAUCGGCACGCAGCAUGGGGGAUCCACAUCAGCUGAUCUUGUGCAGGCCUUGGAAGAGUACCUGCCAAUUAUCCUAGGACUGACAAAAGAUGGGAGCGAGCUGGAAGACAAGAUACAAUUCGCGUGGAUGAACCAAGAAGACGAUGCAGAGGAAACGACAUUGGCCAGCGCGUGGUACGAGGCGCUGUCAGUCCUACACAUGAUGGCCAUGCUGCGGCUGUCGCAGGCCAACUCCCUGCUCCUCCCAAAGACAUCCCUCGAAGGUUACCAUGCCAAAGUGUCCGAAGAGAACAAGCGGGCUUCAGUGGAGAUAUUCCUCAAGGCGGCCGGGUACCUCGAGUGCGCCAUGCAGCAUAUUCUUCCCAGGAUGUCGCCUGAAAAGAGGAAAGGUCUUCCUCUGGACCUGUCUGAAAGUGUCCUGAAAGCCACCUGCAUGCAAGCUCUUGGUCAGGCAAUUGAUGUUCAACUUGGGCUAGCCAUUGACAGUCCAAAGGCCACCUUGGCUGUGAAAAGGAGGCUUGCAUGUGAGAUGGUUAAGUGCUGGCACCAGGCACAUGAGAGCCUUGCAGACCUACCUCUGCUUGACGGCUGGGGCGAGAAGCACGGGCUGUUUGUCAAGUGGAAGCACAUGGAAGCAAAAGCUGCAGCAUACUACUACCACGGGCUGAUCCUGGACGAAGGCAACAGCGAGAAAUCUCACCGGACAGCCGCGGCGGCGCUGCAGACGGCGGAGGAGUCGCUCAAGGAGAGCAGGGCCGUCUGCGAGGCCUUCCAUGCCGCAUCUCCCGUCUCAAGGAGCCCGGCAAUGUGGGGGUCGAUGAAGUACCUCCACGACAAGAUCCACAAGGACUCCUCCUGCAAAGUGCGCAUCAACAAGGACCUCUACAGCAGCAAUGUCGACACGGCGCUGCCGGAGCUGCCGGACUUCGCGGUGGCUCUCAAGCCGGAGGAGUACCGGCUUCCUUGCUUCAGCAGUACAGAUGCCGCCUCUGCAAAUGACUAGCUCAGUCAGUAAUUGUGUAGUGUACCUGCUUUGCCGUCCGAUGGAUGGAUCAUGGAUGGAUAAACUGAUUCAUACAUUACACACGCACGUUACAAAUUACUUGUCACAACUUUUUCUACAAACGAUGUUUACUGCGUAGAUUCGCUCAUUUUGAUGAAGAAAAAUGCGACACUUA